UCCAUCAAGCUCCUGCUAGAACACGGCGCUGAAAUUGAUGCAGCAGAUAUCAACGGCAAAACUCCGCUUAUCCACGCUUCCAGUGUUGGGCAUGAGAAUACAGUUAAAGUCCUGCUAGAGUAUGGCGCUGAAGUCAAUGCAGCAGAUAACGACGGCCAG